CGACUGUAGUUCUUAUGAUCCAUUGUCAAAAAAAGAGCAUUAUUUUCAAUUUUGAACUUUGUUUAUGUUUAUCUUUAGGGUUGAUUAUAAAUAUUUCAUUUUUUGAAUGAAAUUAGUUGAAAAUAUUGAAUUAUGGAUGGCCCCGAUAUUGAAGACAUUGGAAACGUAGAAAUCGUAGAAGCAAUACCUCCUGCUGAUGAAGAAUUAGAAUUAUUUCCCGUAGAACAUCAAAAUGAUGAAGCUUUUUUUGAUUACAAGGACCCUUUACUUUACAAUGGCAUUAUGAAAGAUGUUUUGUUGAACGAAAAGGAAAAAGUUUUGCAAAAAAUAUCCUUAGGAAAAUCAGUACGAGUGAUAGACAAUCAAGGAAAUUCUCUACUACAUUUAGCAGUUGAGGUAGUUAAGGAAGAUGACAUGGAGAUGAUGGAUAUAUUACUCCAACAAGAUAGUAUAGAUAUCAAUGCUGUUAAUUAUGCACGUGAUACUCCAUUGACAACAUCAAUUCGCCAUAGAAAAAGCUUCGCUGCAUUGAAACUUUUGGAAGCAGGAGCUGAUUUCAAUUUUCCCAGGUAUUUAACUUCAACACCUCUUCAUUGUUGUUGCCAAUUUGGUCUAUCAGAUGUGGGGGAAGCUUUGAUUUGUGCAGGAGCCAAUAUAAAUGCACUUGAUGUGGAUGGUGAUACACCCUUACAUCUGGCAGUCCUAUUUAACCAGCUGGAAAUGCUAUGCAUGUUGCUUUGCUACGGAGCAGAUAUGAUUAGAAAUAGUGGUAAACUUACUUCUUUUGAAUUAAGUAUUAGCACGCAGAAUUUUAUUUUUGCUGAUAUAUUGCUAGAAUAUUUGACGGACUUCAACUCUACAACAAUUAACUUUGCAGUGGUACAACGUUAUCCAAACCUACCACUUUUGAUCAAAAAGUUUAUAAAAUAUGAAGAGAAUUAUUGUUUGAAAUUAGAAAUGGAGGCUUGGCUUAUUUUGUUUGAGAACAUUGAAGCAUUCAAACUUGUUUGGAAUAACUUCUCUAUUGAUUAUAAUUUGGACUACCCUUUACUUGAAAUAUUUCAUUGUGAUUCUUUGAGUUGGGAUUCGACUAAGAAAAUUAUCAAUAUCGUACUCAGCAGCGAGGAUAAAAUAAUGCCAAAAUUAAUAAGUAUCUCUGGUCAAUAUCCCUAUUUAUUUCCAGUGUUAGUUGCAAUUGUUGAAAAGAAAUAUGAUUUAGAAUUUGUUCGAGAAUUCUGCACAAUUCUGCUGUCUUAUGGUCUAGAUCUGUGGGAUAUUGAUCUAGACAUAAUAUUUGAAAAGUUUGGUUAUUGUGACUUCUUUUAUUUUUUGUUAUAUAUGGACAUCAGAUUUUCUCUAGCAUCCAAAUAUACCCUAUUUCCCUAUAUAAUAUAUGCGGUAGAUGAUAGAUUAAGUUUACCUUUGAGAUUAGAAAACCAUUAUGUUAAGCUCGCCUGUAAGUGGAUAUUUGGCUCUAGAUUUUUCAAUUCAACUCUAGAUUUUGAUGUAAUGUUCAGUCACUCUGUUUUGCCAUCUGUCAUCAGUAAAAAUAUAGGUGGAAGAUGGCAAGACAUGAUGAAAUACUUUAAGUUAUCAGAUAGAGUUCCAUCGUUAUCUGAAUUAGCAAGGAAUAAAACCCGAGAUUACCUUUGUGCCAGAUACAGUAUAAAAAAUUCCAGAGAGUUCUGUUGUGUCGUGAAACGUUUGGAUGUGCCUGAACUAAUAAAGAAAAUAAUUUUAUUCCAAGCUCCAUUAUAUAGACAAUCUUUGCCAUGUGAUAAACUUAUUUCUAGUAAUAGAGAGAAACGAUGGUCUGCAAUUAAAACACAUGUUAGUUGUUUAAGGGAGGGGGAUUCUAGUCGUGAAUAUCUUCGGUUAUUCUUGUAAUUGCCCUUUUCAAAUUACCUCAUUUGUGACUAAUGUAAUAAUCAAAGUUUUAUACUGUUAAUAAAUUUUGAUAAACAA